CUGCGCUACGCCAACAACAGCAACUACAAGAACGACGUCAUGAUCCGAAAGGAGGCUUACGUGCAUAAAAGCGUGAUGGAGGAGCUGAAGAGAAUAAUCGACGACAGCGAAAUCACAAAAGAAGAUGAUGCGCUAUGGCCGCCUCCUGACAGAGUUGGUCGGCAGGAGCUUGAAAUAGUAAUUGGUGAUGAGCACAUCUCCUUUACCACAUCAAAAAUCGGUUCGCUCAUUGACGUAAAUCAGUCCAAGGAUCCAGAAGGCUUGAGAGUGUUCUACUACCUGGUCCAGGACCUGAAGUGUCUAGUCUUCAGUCUUAUUGGACUACACUUCAAGAUUAAGCCAAUUUAAAUCAAACACCCUGAAGUUUGUAUUGCAGUGUCUGUACGGGGGGUGGGGGGAUGCUAUUUCAAUUCCUCACUUUUUUUGGCCUGAAGCUUUUAUGGAUGUUAGAAAUUUUUUUUUUUUUUUUUUACAAACUGUCAGUGUCUGUCUUAAUAAAAUGGUGAGAUCUGUAUUUUUAAUUU